AUGUGGCUCAAACUGCUAGCUAUUUCUGCUCUUAUUUUCUCCACUAUGGAGUCGGGAAUGGGACCAAGAGGAAUGGAUCCAGAAUUGCUAGACAAUAUGGAGCCAAGAAUAGGACCGAAAGGAAUCAAUCCAGAACUGCGAGAACGCAAUAUGGAGACAAGAAUGGGACCAAGAGGAAUGGACCCAGAUUUGCGAGAUCGCAGGUAUGGAUUUGGAGGAGGGGAUCGUUUCAAUGGCAGAUAUGGAUUUGGAGGAGGAGAUCGUUUUGACGGCAGACGUACAAUUGGAAGAGGGGAUUCUUUCAACGGCAGACGCGGAUAUACAGGAGAAAAGCGUUUCAACGGCAGACGUGGAAUUGAAGGAAGAGAUCGUUUCAACAGCGAACAUGGAUAUAGAGAGGAGCGUUACAGCGGCAGACAUAGAUUUAGAGGACAGGACCGUUUCAACGACGGAAUGAUGGAACAUCCGAUUAGAUUUCGAAGUGAUUGA